AUGGCCGGCACUUGCUCCAUGCUUUGUUUGAUCAUCAUCACCAUAUUCAUUCCCCCUCUUGGUGUUUUUAUGAUUUCAGGCUGCGGAGUUGACUUCUGGAUCAACCUCCUGCUCACACUUCUCGGUUACUUCCCCGGACACAUCCAUGCCUUCUAUUUGGAAUACGUUUAUUAUGAUCGUCGCAAUCGGGAUCCGUUGACUCGUGCCUCUCAACAACCCGCACCCGGCGUCUACUCCGAUCGAAUCCAGAACGGAGGUCAUCAUCAUGCACCACCCGCAGGCGUUAAUUACGGUACCAUUUGA